AUGACGCCCGCGCUGGCGGCCGCGAAGCGUGCGCUGCGUUCUACAAUGAAAAAGACCCUCUCGCAGCUCCCCGCGUCGCUGGUCCAAUCGCAGUCGCAAGUAUGCGUGAAGACGUUUCUCUCGCUGCCAGAAUACGCGGCAGCCUCGCGCCUCAGCGUGUACCUCUCGAUGCCGCAGAAGGAAAUCGACACUUCGACUAUCGUCGAGCACUCGUUGAGCAAUGACAAGCACGUUUAUGUACCCUACAUCCACCGGCGUCCCCCCGGUCAUGCUGCCUCGACUGCGGCGACAUCCCGCCCGGCGCCCCCGGGUCUGAUGGACAUGCUUGCGUUGGCCUCGCUCGAGGACUACCACUCCCUCCAACCCGACUCUUGGGGAAUCCCCACGCUCCCCGAAGACUCGAUCUCGUCGCGGCAAAACGCGCUGGGCGACGCCAAACAUGAUACAACACUGGACUUGAUCGUGAUGCCGGGAGUAGCGUUCGACGAGAGCUUCAAGAGGCUGGGACACGGCAAGGGUUACUACGAUUACUUUCUGACGCGGUAUAACAUGGCGAAGAAGGAAAGCGGGAAGAAGAUGCCGGUGCUGGUUGCGCUGGCGCUCGAUUGCCAGGUAGUGCCGAAAGAUGAGGUGCCCGUUGAUGGAAGUGAUUGGUUGGUAGAUAUCAUUGUGACGGGAGACGGGAGAUGUUUGCGGAGGGAGAGUCUGAAGGAAGAGGAUGAAGGUAUGGUGCCCAAUUAG